AUGGGUCUCUUGACAACGGGCGGCGAACCUAUGCGGUGGGGAACCGACGAAAAUAACCGCGCCAUUCCAUAUGUAUCCUCGCAUGGAAUUCAACAGUUUUUGACAAUGCGAGCGGGAACAAAAGAAGAGAAAAUUUUCCCUUUUUAUUGGGGAGAGGAGGUGGAACAUCAACUUGUGCGUGUGGAGGGAGGGAAAGUAAAACUUUCAUUGAAUGCUGCUGAUGUGAUUGAACAACUUACAAAAUCGUCUCAAAAGGAUAAUGCGGUGUGGCAUCAGGAAUAUGGAAGCUUCAUGGUGGAAAGUGUCCCUGGUGUACCGUACACCCUUGAAGUGGAUUCUUUGUGCUCUGUUGAGGAGAAUAUUCGACGGAGAUGUGAGCUGUUGGACAGUGUUGCUGGUGAAAACACAUUCUCCUUGACAUUAGUGACCUUUCCUCUUAUGGGCGUUGGCGAUUUUGUAACUUCUGAUAGUAAAGAGGUUCCAUAUUCCCGCUCACUUUUUGUACCGGAUGUUUGUAUCAAUCAGUCACAUCCACGUUUUACGAAUCUCACGCGGAAUAUUCGUCUGAGACGCGGUCACAAGGUAUGCAUUCAAGUUCCAAUUUAUAUUGAUACUUAUACGAUGGAGAAAACAGUAGAUCCUCGACUGAAUAUAGACCGCACACCUUAUAAUAUGGAUAUUGACUGCAGUUCGACAGAAGUUACAGAAGCCAAGGGAGAGAAAUUCACUAUUAAUGAUUCGGUAAUCUCGAAAGAGGAAAACAACAACAGCAGCAAUAAUAAUAAUAAUAAAGAAAGCAAUAUUAAUUCAAAAUAUCCAUCAGCAGAGGAAAUGACCCAUUUUUAUACUCCUGCCACACAUUAUUACUAUGCACAGUAUUUUAAGAAGUCACAGAUGGAACUUGUGAAGCAACGUUAUGAUGCAUGUCCGUGCCCAGUACCUUCAGUAAGCCAUCCAUGUAUCUACAUGGAUUGCAUGGCUUUUGGUAUGGGUUGCAAUUGCUUGCAAGUCACUAUGCAAUUGGAAAAUGAAACCCAGGCGCGUCACGUAUACGAUCAGUUAGGGGUUUUAUGUCCAUUGUUUCUCGCAAUGAGUUCAUCGACACCAUUUCAAAAGGGUAUUCUAUGCGAUUCGGACGUUCGCUGGCUAACGAUUGCCGCCUCAGUUGACGACCGCAAAAGGGAGGAGGUUCCGCACAUCAUCAAAUCACGCUAUGACUCAUUUUCGGUUUUUGUUAGCUUAACGUUGCCAAACUUGGAGGAGUUUAACGACGAGGAGUUUGUCAUUAAUAAUAAUUAUCUUGAGGUUCUCAAAGAUGCGGGCGUAGACACGCGUCUUGCGAAGCAUGUUGCGCACCUUUUUAUUCGAGACCCCCUGGUGGUCUACGAUCAGAUGAUUGAUAUUGAUGAUACUACACACACUGAACAUUUUGAGAACAUUCAGAGCACAAACUGGCAGUCUGUUCGUCUUAAGCCACCUUCCCUUGAUGGUAAUACUGGCUGGCGUGUAGAAUUUCGCAUUAUGGACGUGAUGCCGACACCAUUUGAAAAUGCAGCCUUUUCUGUAUUUGUUCCUUUGCUUGCCCGUGCUAUUAUCAAAUACAAUCCAUUGUUUUACACCAAGAUGAGCAUUGUUGAUGAAAACAUGGGUUAUGCGCACAAUCGCAGUCCUUGCAGGCAAAAGUACGUUAUGCGACGCGAUAUAUUUGCUAAAAAUAUUUCUACUGAUCCCUCUGAGAACAGUGAAUUUACCGUUAAUGAAGUCUUCAAUGGAAAAGAUGGGGAAUAUUAUGGGUUGAUUCCUCUUGUCCGACGAUACAUGGAGGAGGAAAACAUGCUUAGUUCCACACUCGACGGUUACCUUUGCUUCCUUUCCAUGCGAGCUGCAGGAGAAAUUCCCACAGCAGCAGAAUACUUGAGAAAUUUUGUUAUGCGGCAUCCUGACUAUAGGCAUGAUUCUAGAUUAACGGAGCGGAUUGCCUAUGAUUUGGUGCUGCAUGUACGGAAACUUGCCUCUGGGGAAGUCAAAGACGAUCUCUUUCUCCCCAUGAACAAAUUUAUGCCAAAAAGAUCCCGUGAGUAA